CGGGCGGCGGUACGGGCCCCGGGGCCUCUGAGGCGCCGCGCCGGCGGUGGGCGUGCGGAGCGGGCGGCCGGUGGGUCUCGCCCGUCGCGACUAGGCCGGGUCCCCGGCGCUGUAACGGGUCCCGGCGGACCGGGUCAGAGGGGAAGGGCGGCUUCCCGAGUGGCGUUUCGCGCUUUCGGGAGCGCAGUGGGGAGGAAGACAGUAUCCCCGGAGAGACGAGCUGGGCUCAGCCGACAGCCCCGGGCCGUCAGCUCCGUUGUCUGUCACGGUGCCGGGAGGCCCGCUUUCCGUUUCUGUGUUGGCUUCCGGGGCCCAGUCGCAGUGCUGUGAAACCGCCAUCGAAGGCAUGGUUCUCGCCCUGCUUCAUCGGCGCAGCUAGGCCCUCCUGUGGGCCCCUGGUCACCGCGCGAUGCAACAAGCUGUAGAAUUAGCGCUGGACCGUGCAGAGUACAUCAUCGAAAGUGCCCGACAGAGACCUCCCAAAAGGAAAUACCUGUCUAGUGGAAGAAAAUCUAUAUUUCAAAAGCUCUACGACUUAUACAUUGAAGAAUGUGAAAAAGAGCCUGAGGUUAAGCAGAAAUUAAGAAGAAAUGUGAACUUGCUGGAGAAGCUUGUUAUGCAGGAGACAUUGUCAUGUUUAGUGGUCAACCUGUACCCAGGAAAUGAGGGAUAUUCUUUGAUGCUCAGGGGAAAGAAUGGAUCAGAUUCAGAGACCAUCCGACUGCCAUAUGAAGAAGGGGAGUUGCUUGAAUACUUGGAUGCCGAAGAAUUACCUCCCAUCUUGGUUGAUCUCCUAGAAAAAUCUCAGGCCAACAUCUUCCACUGCGGGUGCGUCCUGGCGGAGGUCCGGGACUACAGGCAGUCCGGCCACACGAAGCCCCCCGGCUACCAGAGCAGGCACAUCUUGCUGCGCCCCACGAUGCAGACUUUAAUCUGUGAUGUGCAUUCAAUAACGAGUGAUAACCAUAAAUGGACCCAGGAAGACAAGCUCCUGCUGGAGAGCCAGCUGGUCCUGGCCACGGCGGAGCCGCUGUGCCUCGACCCGUCCAUCUCUGUCGCGUGCACUGCGAACCGGCUGCUCUACCACAGGCAGAAGAUGAACACGCGCCCGCUCAAACGGUGUUUCAAGAGGUAUUCCCGGUCCUCGCUGAACCGGCAGCAGGACCUGUCCCAUCGUCCACCACCCCCUCAGCUGGGGCUCCUGGAUUUCCUGCAGAAAAGGAAGGAAAGGAAAGCAGGUCAGCAUUACGACCUCAAAAUUUCCAAAGCGGGAAAUUGUGUGGACAUGUGGAAGCGCAGCCCCUGCAGCCUGGCCGUGCCCUCCGAAGUGGAUGUGGAGAAACACGCGAAGGUGGAAAUGUCCGUCAAGCCCGACGACUCGCAGCCCGCCGUCUGGCCGGCCCACGACAUGAAAGACGACUACGUGUUUGAAUGCGAAGCCGGCACUCAGAGGACGAAGCUGACCAUUCUGCAGUCGCUCGGUGACCCCCUGUACUACGGUAAAAUCCAGCCUUGCAAAGACGACGAGGACACGGACGGCCAGAUGUCCCCUCCCCACUCCUCCACUGAUGAUCAUUCAAACUGGUUCAUUAUUGGAUCAAAGACUGAUGCUGAGAGGGUGGUCAUUCAGUACCAGGAGCUGGUCCAGAGCGAAGCCAAGUGCCCAGUGAGGAUGUCGCACAGCUCCAGCGGCUCGGCCGGCCGGAGCCAGCUGUCUCCGGGGAAGGAAGCGGAACAGCCCGAGACCCUGUCUGUGCAGUCCUCCGUGCUGGGCAAGGGGGUGAGACACCGGCCGCCGCCCAUCAAGCUGCCCUCGGGCUCGGGGGGCGCCGCCUCAGGUAACUAUUUCACGCCACAACAGGCCAGCAGCUUUCUUAAGUCUCCGACUCCCCCUCCUGCUCCCAAGCCACCGAGCCUCUCUCGGAAGUCGUCCGCGGACCCCAGUCAUGCCAGCCUGCUCUCUCCGGCCGCCCUGUCGCCUGCCAGCUCCUCGCAAAGAUCUGGAACUCCUAAGCCAUCUACUCCUACACCAACCCCUCCAUCGGCCCCACACCCUCCCGACGCCCAGAGCUCCACUCCCAGGGCCCCUUCAGCCUCCCCUCCUUCCCAAGGCUCAGGCUUCACCCCUCAGCCCACUCUGUUAACUCGGUUUGCUCAGCAGCAAAGGCCUCUGAGCCAGGCAAUGCCUGUAACGACCGUUCCUCUUUCCACCAUGGUGACAUCCAUCGCCCCAGGGACCAGCGCCCCCCAGGCCACGGCCGCCUCCGCGGGACUUAGCUUCAUCGGCGUGGUGGGCUCCGUGUGCGGAGUCCAGGCUCUGAGGAGCGGCUCGAGCCCCGUGCUGGGCGGCACCGCCGGCGCCGUCGCCCCCGCCGGAAUCAACCUGAGCGGCCUGCUCCCCUCGGGAGGCCUGCUGCCCGGCGCGCUGCCCGGGCCCGCGCAGGCCGCUCCGCACGCAGGUGUUCCAUUUGGUUUAAAAAAUACUUCAAGUCUCAGGCCCUUGAAUCUACUCCAGCUUCCCGGGGGCUCUCUGAUCUUCAACACCCUGCAGCAGCAGCAGCAGCAGCAGCAGCAGCCGCAGCUGCCGCAGCCGCCACCAUUUCCCCCGCAGCAGCCGCAGCCGCCCGCAGCGCCCAGCCCGCAGCAGCCAGGGGAACAGGGCUCCGAACAAGGCUCCGCAGGCCUGGAGCAGGCCCCGCCGGCCCCACCCGCUGCCGCCCUCAGCCUCGCCGGAGCGGGGGGCCUUCUGCAGCCACAGGCCGCUGCGCUGUCUCAGCUUGGCUCUGCCGAGAACCGACCUGAGCAAAGCCUCCCCCAGCAGAGACUCCAGCUCUCCUCUGCCUUUCAGCAGCAGCAGCAGCAGCAGAUCCAACAGUUGCGAUUCUUGCAGCGUCAAAUGGCUAUGGCGGCGGCGGCGGCACCAACGGCCCAGCGGCACCGGCACAGGCACCGGCACCCCGGCAGCCAGUCCGAAAGUAAAAUGAAGAGAAGCGCGCCCACCACUCCCAAGUUCUGAGUCUGGCGUCAUUUUUCCUUUUUUAAAAACAAAAGAGCAGUGACUCAAAAGGAUUCUCCAAGUUUCUACUUCAUUUCUGUCUUUUAAAACGUAUCAGUAUUUGACAUUGCUAGACAUACAAACUUUAUACAGAAGCACAGCCCUACGACUUUUUAAAUAAAAACUGGAAAAUGCUUUAACUAUUAGGGUUGGU